UAUACUUUACAGUCUUAUUGAGAGUUGAGUCUUCAAGUCAAUACAUCAAUCAAUAUGUUGAGCUUAUUACGUCAGCCAUUCAUAAAAUCUGUUAAAAUCGCACAGUUUGCUGUUAAAAAUUUUUCGCAACCGAUUCCAAAAGUACUUCAAAGAUCAUAUGGAUCAUAUGGAAUAUCUCAGAGACAAGCUGAGCCCUACACGAAACAUCACCACGUAACCAUGCAACAAUGCAAUUUCCACCGUACUUUUGUUGCAUGGUUGUUGUUGAUGUUUUUCUUAAUCCACAUUAUACCAGACAAAAAGUCAAACCAAAAGUCAACAGAACAAAAGUCAAUAGAACAAAAGUCAAUUAAUAAAAAUGUUAAUACAAUCUAUAUACAUAAUGGCCGUAUAGAUAUAAACCAAAAGAAGGAUAAAUUGACAGUUGAAAUACAUCUUAAUGUUUGACCUAAACCAAGAUAUAUGUCUUAACUAUUAAUAAUUAAGAUAAAUAUUUAUUAACAGUUAAGAUACGUAUGUAUGAUUUGAAGGUUAGGUUCAUAGUUGAGCUGGAUAUUUAACGU